AUGGUUUUGUAUUUUCCAGGCUUCUCCACUGCUCAGGAUCCAAUCACAGGUCCAGACACGGUGAGCGGUCAGGAGCAGGGCUCCUUGACUGUGCUGUGUCCUUAUGACUCAUCCUGGAAGGAUUACAAGAAGUACUGGUGCCAAGGAGCUGAUUGGAGUACAUGUGAGAUCCUCAUUCACACUGAUACAUCAGAGCAGUUGGUGAAGAAGAAGCGUGUGUCCACCAGGGAUGACCAGACAGACUUCAUCGUCACAGUGACCAUGGAGGACCUGAGAAUAAGCGAUGCUGGCAUUUACUGGUGUGCGAUUGAGAGAACUGGACGUGAUCCCCAUUUUGAAGUUAAUGUGAAUAUUGACCCAGUUCUGACAUCCACACCAUCAACCACGGAGAACUUUGGCAAAUAUGGAGAGGCCCAUACCAGCACCCUCAUCUGGUCCCUGCUGAGCAGCAUCUACUUCCAGCUCCUGGUCUUUCUGCAGGUGCCCCUGCUCCUGGGCAUGCUCAGUGCAGUCCUCUGGGUGAACAGGCCUCAGAGGUGCUCUGAGGGAGGUGAAGUUGGCCUGGUGAAAGUCCAUAGUUCUGAUGCCUGGUACAGAGAGAAAUACCUCCAUGUAGAUAGAAAAUAA